AUGCUCUCCCUCCGCUCACGCAAGCUCGCCCUCACACUCUUUUGCACCCUCGCUCUCGCUUUGGCCCUCGUCGGGCCCACCCAGGCCGCUGAUCCGUUCGCCGUGAACCGCCGGGACCAUGGGAGCCUGAAUCGAAUGAUCAAGAAGCGCACUCCAGGACUGCUCGACGACCUGAACCCCGUCAACAACGCCGGCACGGGCUCUGCCGACGACUCCUCCGCCGCAAGCGGCAGUGACUCGGCUGCGGCCGCCUCUUCCACCGCCCCUGCCUCGGACACGGCCGCGAGCGCGUCUGCCACCACCCCGGCAUCUUCCGCAGCAGCCUCUUCGGACACGGCCUCGUCGACUACGCCUGCCAGCUCCGACUCUGCCUCCAGCACCACCGCCAGCACCACCACCACUUCUUCGGCCUCGACCACUUCUUCCACCACCUCGUCCACGACCACCUCGUCCACGACCUCGUCCUCCUCGUCGACCUCGGCGGUGGCUACAUCUACUACCGCCGCUCCCACCAGCGCCGCCGCGUCCCCCACCAGCGCCGCUGCAGUUGAGGCCCAGGACAACUCGGCUCAAGCCGUCACGAUCACCAGUCAUGUCUCUGUGAGCGCGUCUCCGACCUCGUCCGCUACCGCAAAAGCGGCCGCGAGCUCGAGCACGCUAUCCAAGGGCGCCAUCACGACUUUGGCCGUGAUUGCUGGAUGUAUCGGUGGCGGUGCCCUCAUCUGGACCAUUUUCCGCAAGUGGAAGCUUCGUACCUCGAAGCGCUUCGAUGACCGUCUGGCGCCCAUCGACUGGCAGCCCCCCACUGAUGGGGACGACGUGCCCGGCUCCAACCGCCGCGCGUCUAUCGCUUCCUCCUUCCACUCGGCCGGCCACGACGGUCUCGUUCGCGCUCCUUCGUCCAGCUCGUCUCAUGGCGCGUAUGGCGCAUAUGGUGCGACUGGCCAGCAUGCUCCGACCCUUCAGCCUCUUCCUGAGCACGAUUUCACCGCGGGUCCGGCCACCGGCGCCUACCUCGGUGCUAACGCAGGCUACGCUGAUCUCGCGCGUGGCCCCAGUCCUGGUCCGCAGAUGCAAGAUCUCAGCCGCGGCCCCAGCUUCAACCAUGGCUACAACGGAUACCCGCAACAGGCGCCCGCUGGCGCGUAUGACUACAAUAACGCCCACUACUAA